AUGUCUGUAGGCAGCCUGGAAGUGAUCUAUAUCACAUUGGAGUCUGUGACUGGGAUCUUUGCAGUGGUCGGCAAUGCCUUGGUGACCUGGGCAGUGAAGCUGAACCCAGCUCUGCAGAAGACCACCUUCUUUUACUUCGUUUCCCUAGCACUCACUGACAUUGCCAUGGGGAUCCUUGUCAUACCGCUGGCUGUCAUGGUGAGCCUGGGAGUCAUCAUCCAUUUCUACUCCUGCCUGUUUAUGUGCUGCCUGAUGAUGAUCUUUUCUCAUGCCUCGAUCCUGUCUCUCCUGGCCAUCGCAGUCGACAGGUACCUGCGAGUGAAGCUGCCGACCAGAAUCACAUCUAAUGUGGCUGACGCUUCCUGCCCACCCAGGUACAGGGCAAUCUUCACGAAGAAAAGGAUUUGUGUGAUUCUGGGAAUCUGCUGGCUUGUGUCUGUGCUGGUGGGGCUGGUCCCCAUGCUGGGGUGGAACCAGCACAUGGGCAGCUCCAGCUACAUCGAGCGCCGCUAUUUGGCUGUGAUGAGAAUGGAUUAUGUGGUGUAUUUCAGCUUCUUCACCUGGAUCCUCCUUCCCUUGCUCGUCAUGUGUGCCCUCUGCACUGAGAUUUUCUACGUCAUGUGGAUAAAACUCAGCCGAGCACAGAAAGUCCUCCAGAAGGAGGAACUUUGUGGGAAGGAAUACAGAAUGGCCAAAUAUCUGGCCUUCAUCCUCGUCUUGUUUGCAGUGUCUUGGCUGCCUCUGGGCAUCCUGAACUGCAUUUUUUAUUUCUGCCCAUCCUGUGCCAUCCCGCAGCCCCUGACGUACCUGAGCAUCCUGCUGUCUCAUGCCAACUCAGCCAUGAACCCCAUUGUCUAUGCCUUCAAAAUACAGAAGUUCAAAGAAACAUACACUUUCAUUCUGAGGACUUACAUCCUGCUCUAGAAGUCAGAGCCGGUUAUUUCUAGCGCAGAGCCCACAGCAGAGCUGGGAGUGAGCACCAUCUGAGCUGUGUCCUGCUUGUCUGUCUGUCUGGGCUGGAAACAAGAACUGAAAGAGUGUGGAAGCCACAAGAAUGGGGAGAAAUGGCACAGACGCCAAGACACAUUUCUCAGCUCACGCGUUCUGGAGCAACAGUUGUGUGUGUAUUUCUCUGUUCAGUAAUUAAGCUCUGAGCAAUGCGAUGCCGAGUUCAGGUCCCCAGAUAACUCCCACAAUAAACUCCUUUGCAUUUCCAAGGCAAAAGGUGUGAGAGGUUUGGAACAGAGUGGUAGCUGGGUGUGGGGGAGAGAUGAACGUUGCUCGUGCUGCAGGACUGUUGCUCUCGCAGUCUCACCCCUCUCUUUGGCUACAUUUGCCUGGUUUGAGGAUUUUCCCCCCAUUAUCCCAGAGGCACUACCAUCAUCACUGAUGGACUCAGCCUUGGCCAACAGCAGGUCUGCCUCGGAGCCGGCCAGCCUUGGCUCCAUCAGAUGUGGGGGAAGCUUCUAGCAGCUUCUCACAGAAGCCACCCCUGCAGCCCCCCUGCUACCAAAACCUUGCCACGCAAACCCACUACAUGGAGCUACAAAGAAAUGCUCUGGCACGUCGCCACAGAACAUACGUCUAUAAAUGCUGAGGCUAUAGGAUGUAACGAGCCGCUGGCUGCCAGAUUCCUGGCCGCACAAAGAGCGGCACAGCAAAACCCAGUCAAAAAGGACACGGGUCUGGGCGGGGGGCUCAGAGGCCAGCUGCUGGCAGGGGAGUGCUUCACCAUCUGAAAAUACUCUGACCUGGUUCAAUGGGGCAGCAGCACCCACUUGUGGAAAGGUGCUUUGGAACGGAAAGAAAACAAGCAGCCUGUGUGCAAGGUUUUGUUUGCGCCAGCCCGUGAAGUUUAAUAGCAUUGGAUCUUCCCACAGCUUUUUCUUAGAAGGCAGGUGCUUUCCCAUGGAAGCGCAGUCUGUCUAAAGGAUGCCCACAACGCUGCUGGUCCUACCAGGGCACAGGCUGUUGGGUUUCUUUUUGUCUUCCUUUUUAGCAGCUGUGGACUGCAGCUGUGUUCAGAACCCCCCCUGUCUGCAGUAAGCCCACAUCCAUGUGCCUGCGGAGGUGUGUGACCUGGGACUGGAAACCUGCCGCUGAGCAGAGGGACAGGGGUCUUGCUUCACACCUGGAGUGCGUGGCACACUGAGCCAGGUGAGGUGAGAAAUGCUUCAUCGGUUCAUCCCGUGACGCUCAGGUCAGAUUGUGCAAGAGGCUGCUGCAGCCACUACUGCGAGAGGAGGGGACAUCGCCUUCCCAACAGGGAUGUGACUGACCUGAAGCCUUCGCUGCCCCGGCUCCCCAUGCUUCUAUGAAGAAAUAAAUGAUCCAAACAAAAAAAGCCCUUUGGGUCGCUGUGCCCACUGAUGCAGCCAAGACCAAUGCCAUCGAACCCAGCAGAGCUGCACCUGCCCUGACUGGGGCCGAAUGGGGGUGUUUCCACCCAGCACCCCCUGUUCCCACCGGGUUCCUGCCGGGGAAGGCACAAGGUGCGCUUAUUUUCUUCAGAUGCUUCCUCCACCAGGCAGCAUCUGUUUCCUGUCCUAAAUAUGAAAGAACUGGGUUGCUGGGCUGCUGUGACGCCUCUGUCACCAGAGGAGGAUGAGCCUGUGCUCUUCCCCUGUCUCUGCCAGGCACGAGCAUGGCUUCCCCCCACCCCGGGGUGCUGCAUCCCUCCCCGCGGCCCCGCAUCCUCCUUCCCUGGGUGCUCGGCUCUUCUCCCACUGCCCUCCUUCAGCCCCAGCGUCAGGAAACACUGGGCUGGAUGUUUUUAUGGCUUGCAAAGUGAUUAAACACUCCCUGCACCGAGGAGCCAAAUGGGGCCAGUGUGUGUGAUCAGGGAGCGUUUUGGUGUGGAAACCAGCUCUGCUCUCCCCUUCCCACCGCUUAUUUGCAGGCACCCAGCCCCCAGCUGAAGGGCUCCCUCCUUUGCCCCUCUACCAAACCGCUCUCCCGUAAGCACGGGUUGUGCUCCUGCCAAGAGGCUUAGGGAAACAUAUGGCUGAGCUCAGGCAGCAGAGCCCCGAACAUCGCUGCUAACAGCCCUCCGCUUACCGCUGCUGGCGGCUACGCUCUCUGUGUGCGCGCAAGUGUAUACAUAUAAAUGUGUGCUGCCAUAAUAUAUAAUCCUUUUGCUAGUUGUGGCGGUGUGGUUGGUGUAUUUGAAUGCCUUUGCUGCCACAUACGUUAAUGUUUUUUCAUAAAAACAGUUGUGAUUUGAAGCAGGCCACCUGGUGCAUGCCAAUAAAGCUGGCAGCAGGAGGGACUGUAGGUAAGAAGGAUCAAACUGGGCUGUGCAGGGAUCCAGGUUUUAUUUUUCUAUUCCUCCCUGGUUUCAGGAGGGCAUCAGCCAUCGAGCAACGGCAGAGAGGCUGUCGGACAUCUCAGUAGCCUGCUCUGGACAAGUGGGAGGAUGGUGCUGAGGUGGAUGAUGCAGUCUUCCUCAGUCCCUGGGUUCAUGGCUGGCACUGAGAACUUCAUGACCUGCUGACCCCCAGCCCUCUCCAGUCACCCAGGGCAGCUCUGUCCUUCCCUGCUGCUGGUUCCCUGUUGAGAGCUCCCUCCCUGCUGUAGUUCAGAGCUGCAUGCAGAAGUGCUGGUGUGACCCAGCCCCAGGUGGUGGGAACCACCAGACCCCUCUUUGUUCCCCACCACCUUUUACUCCCAAUCCUGCUGCUUACAUCCAGCGGGCUCUGCUGUCCCCGCUCCUGCUCCCCAGGCUGCAGGCUGGGCUCUGGGAGCUGGGGCACCCCCAGAGCACUCACAGCCCUAGAGAAACUCAGCCACAGAUCUGCUGCCACACAAAACCACCCGCCUGCGAGCAGGUUGCAGCUGGAGUAAGUUUGCAAGCCAGCAAUUUAAGGCUUUGGUUUAGAUUAGGAUUCAAAGGUGUAUUUUUAGAUCAUAUUAUUUAGCUGACGCAGUGGUGCCCGCAGAGCUCUGCGGAGCAGGCGGCUCGGGAAGGAGCCCGUGCCGGGAGCAGGUUGGGCUGGGCAGAGCCCAGGGAUGUGGUAGUCUGAUGGGGUUAAACAGUGUUUCAGAUCGUAGUCCCCAAGCACUUGAUGGAUUUGCCAUCCAAAGGCUGUAGUCAGCUUGCUCACUUCUUGGAUGGCUCCAGUGAAAGGCUUCCAGCUAUUCCCCAAGGAUCCUCCUACAUCCUGGUGAGAUAAGGAUCAGGAAGGGAAGGUCUAUCUGCAAUCUCAGCUGCGGCUUUGAGCACAGAUUCCCUUUUCGAAUUGGGGGUGGAGGGGAGGAGAGCAGAUUUUCUAGUAAAAAAAAAAAUA